AUGCAUCCUAAAAACAUUUACAAUGUCGAACCUGAUUUCAAAGAAUUAGCAACAAACUUCGACUCAUUUAAGCCAUUUGUAAAACAACAAUCAAACGGACGUGCUUAUAUUGACUUUAAAGACCCACUUGCAGUAAAAGAACUAUGUAAAUGUCUAAUGAAAAGGGAUUUUGAUAUUGAUCUGGAUUUCCCUCUGGACUCUCUGUGUCCCGCUGUUCCCAACAGACUCAACUAUAUACUUUGGUUAGAAGACUUGGUGAGUGAAACCAUACAAGACGACAAGAUAAGAGGAAUUGACAUCAACUUAUCAUCAAAAAGCGGUGUGGGCGCAUCCUGUAUCUAUCCUCUACUCGGAUGCGCAAGAAAUCCUCAUUGGACAUUCCUAGGCACAGAUAUCAAUCAUCGUUCAAUAGAAUGGGCACAAGAGAACGUAAGGAAGAAUGGUUUGGAAGAUAAGAUUAAGAUAAGACAUAACGAUGAUCCAGAAAAGAUAUUGGUGAUAGAUGAGGAGGAGUAUACGUUCUGUAUGUGCAAUCCUCCAUUUUACGAAUCUCAGGAGGAACUUGAGCAAGGACUUGUCAAUAAAGAGCUUGAGCCAUCUGCGGUAUGUACCGGAUCGCACCAUGAAAUGAUCACACAAGGCGGUGAGUAUGGGUUUAUAAGUAGGAUGAUCAAAGAAAGUUUAGAGAUACGAACACGCAUCAGAUGGUACACGAGCAUGAUUGGUCUAAAGAAAUCCAUAUGGCCCCUCGUCAGGAUGUUGAAGGCGUCUGGCAUCACAAACUAUCUGGUCACUGACCUGACUCAGGGCAAGACUACACGCUGGGCCAUCGCAUGGUCCUUUCAUCCCGAACGAGCUGUUAAGACGCCUAGUCUAGAUGAAUACCGUCCCAAAUGUCAGUUUGUUAUCAAAUUGCCACAAUCAAUUGAUUUUGUCAUGAGACACAUUCAGACCAUACUUGCUGACUUGGACAUCAGCAUUGAAAGACAAGACUGUCAAAGUCUGAUUGGAACUGCGAAAAGAAACAGUUGGUCUAGAGCCGCACGAAGACAGAAACGACAAAAGAUAACGAGUGAACCAGAGCAGGAUCUGUUUACGUUUGAAAUGAUACUGGAACCAAACACAGUAUUACAGAUCAGUUGGACAAAGGGACAAGAUAGAAGCCUAUUUGAAAGCUUUUGGUCACACGUUAAAAAAAGAAUAGAAGAACAGUGUGGGUUAGAGAGAGGAACGAAGAAUAAAUGCUUUAUUGAAGCUUGA